CCUCUACCGCUGCUGAUAGCAUCGGACGAAUAGCGACAUGUCCGACACGUUCUUCGCCAAUGCGGCAGGUGGCGACCGUUUCAAUGGGAAACCCGAACCAAUCUCGCCGCACGGCGGCCCACCGGGAAGCCCGCUUACCUCGAAGGCGCUAAUGCUCGGAGCGGCUCUUGCGGCGGGAGGAAUAUUCGGGCUGUUUCAGCUUCGCCUGCUGCCGAAGUCGUGGGGUCCCUGGGUGUCGAAGAUAUACUUUUGGCCGACGCUGCCUUUUACCAUGAUCAGGGCGUUCGAUAACUACUGGACCAAGAUGGAUGACACGGUGUACCUGGGUGCAGCACCGGUUGGUUUCCUUGGGCAUGCCGACGCUCUACACGCGAAGGGCGUCGUGGGAGUGAUUAACAUGUGCGGCGAGUACAGAGGACCGCUGGAGGACUACGCGCGGCUGGGAAUUGAGCAGCUCUGGCUACCCACCGUGGACCACGAGGAACCCGAACUGGCGGACUACUACCGCGGGGUUGCCUUCAUCCAGAAGUGGAACAGCAAGGGAGGCAAGGUUCUUGUUCACUGCAAGGCUGGGCACGGAAGGAGCUCCGCGAUUGUGAUGGCCUGGCUGCUGGCCAGCAAACGGAACACCACGCCUCUGGAGGCGAGUGCAGCGACAAAUGUCGUCCAAGCGGAGGGUACGCACGUACCUCUACAAGCAGCUCAACUUGCGCUUGUUCUACCGGGGCCUCCAGACGUCCGCCGAUGGCACCGGGAAGGACCGAGAAAACGUUGCUAGAUAGCACUGCUUUAUUCAGCACCCCCUGACGGGCGACAGCUGCAUGGGGGUUGCAGUUUCCUAAUCGACGCCCGCUUGGAACAACAGCUGCGGGGGAGCUUCGAUUUAUCUCCCCGCCCCAACGAAUGACAGAGCUGUGGGAAGGUUUUGGUUUUGUUCUGUUGCCUGAGAUUUGCCUCUCCCCUAUUCUUGAGCCCGCAAUACCUGUCUCGGGGUCUACGACUGGCACUGCGCUUUCGAGGAAGUGGCGAGGUGUGUGUGUGUGUGUG